CGUUUUUAAAAAAUGACACCGUUUAUAAACAACAACAACAACUUUAUUAAUAAAACUAAAAGUUAUUUUUGUUAUGCUAUUUUCAUUUAAUUGUCAUAAAUAUGCAUGUCUGUAAUUAAGUCAGAAUGUACUUUUGUUAUUAGAGAACUUAGAAGCAGAUAUUAACUGUUGUAAAGAAUACUUUGCAAGUACAAAAUGUGGCAUGAAGCACGUAGACAGGAGAAGAAGAUCAGAGGUUUAAUGGUGGAUUAUAAGAAAAGAGCAGAGAGACGCAGGGAGUUCUAUGAAAAAAUAAGAGCUGAUCCUGCACUGUUUGUUCGAGUGUUUGGUCAACAAUGUAAGAUAAACUUAGACCCUGCCAUUGCCCUAGCUGCUGAAAGCCCACAGAGCAUGAUGCCAUGGCAGGGUGACACCAGCAACAUGAUCGACAGGUUUGAUGUACGUGCUCAUCUAGAUAUAAUGCCACCAGAGAAGUCCUACACUAUAGAAUUAAGCAAAGACGAGGAGGAUGAAGAAAGACGAGCUAAUUACGAACGCUACAGGAUUCUUGUUGAAAACGAAUGUGCUGGCUUGACUGAAGAACAAGCCUUGCACCAAUUAUAUCUGGAUGAACAGUUUGGUGCUAUAAACAAAGAUGGUGAAGAGGAGAAAAAUAAAUUGCGGGAUAAAAAAGCAGCUAUAGGCUACACAUACGAGGAUAGUACAGAAGGAAAGAAGGAGGAAGAAGAAAGUGAGGAGAGUGAGAGUGAAGAAGAAGAAGAUAUAGAAACUCUUGACCUAGAUAUUGUGAUAGAUGUAGAUACCCUCAAUGAUGACCAGAUACAGCAGUUUAAUAUAUGUGGUACUGCUUAUGGCAUGGGAAAGCAGGACUACAUCAAAUAUUUACAUCGAGACAAAGAUGAGCAAGAAGCUCUUAAGCAGGCCAAAUUACUGGAAGAGGAAAAGGCACAGUUUGCUGGCAGAAAGUCAAGAAGAGAGAGGAGAAUUUACAAGGAAAAGAGACUUGCUGGUAGAAAGCUUAGUCCUCCUAGCUAUGCAGCUAGGGAUAGUCCAAAAUAUGAGCCAUAUAGAAAGUCUACUUCAAGAUCGAGAUCCCGCUCCUUAACCCCGCCACGUAGACGCCGCAAGAUGUAUAUAACCAGUUUCGGGGACAAUGAAAGUGAUGAAGGCGAUGGUGUGGUGCAGGGCCCCGCCCUACCACCAGGUUUUGGAGGGACUUCUGAAACUGAAAGUACAAACCAGAAACCUUCAGCUUCAUGGGACAGCAAAUCGAAGAAAGAAUCAAUUCGGAAAAGACUAGGCAAGUCUUUAAGCAGAGAAUCAUCUCCAAGAAGUAGAGAUAUAGAAUAUAGCAAGCGAAGGUCACGUUCAAGGUCAAAAGAACGUAAAUACAGGUCAAGGUCACGGGGUCGUCGAUCAAGCUCAUGGUCAAGAGACAGGUAUUCAAGAGACAGAAGAUCUAGAGAUAGAAAUCAGAGGUCAAGGUCACGUGAAAGAUGGCAACGUUCAAGAGAUAGAAGGUCAUCAGAUCAUUCAAGGGGUCGAAGGUCACGAGAAAGAUCAAAAGGGUAUAGAUCAAGAUCUAGAGGUAGAAAAUCUAGGUCAAAUGAGAGAAAAUCUGAUGUAAACCGAUUUGGAAGGGGAAGGUCAAGGUCACGAUCAAGAAGCAGGCGACGAUCAUCAUCUUCAUCUAGAUCUAGUUCAAAAUCAUCAAGAGAUUCCCGAUCAAAAUCCAGAUCGCCAACUAAACCAGUAGUGAAGAGGUAUCGACGUGAGUCUCUGUCCUCCAAAAGUUCGAGUGAUUCGGAUCACUCACCACCUAGAAAGUCAACAUCAACCUCAUACACUAGACCAAAAUCUGGUGCUGCUGGAUCCACGGGUGGAAAACCUUUAGUGCCGUAUGGUAAAACCUCCAGCAUAUCUCAAACAAAACUUACACCACAAGAGAGGCUUAAGAAGAGGAUGCAGAUAGCUUUAAGCAAACAAUAUAAAGCGGAUAAAAAGGCAGAGGUUAUGAGGAUAGAAAAGAUGGAACAAGAAAAAAUGGAUCGGGAAGAAGAGCUGAGGCAGCGUGCUAUGGAGAUGCGUCGACGAGAACGUGAGAAACGUCAUAAGGAGAUGGUGGAGUAUGGCAGUGACAGUGACAUGAGCAGCAGAGGGAGUAGCCCGCCACGACGUCAAGACAGAUCACCAGCAAGGCGAGUACGAAGAGAUAAUGGAGAUGUGCCUGCAAAGUCUAAACAGAGGUCUCGAUCAAGAUCACGUUCAGUUUCAAGGUCAAGAUCAAGGUCACCGGAGGUGAGGAAGAAAAUCGUGGACUAUUGAAAAAACUCCAGCAAGAGGAGCAAAAUAAGAUCAGUGAUGUCAUAAGAAUUAACUUUGGAUAAUGAUGCAAACUGUUUAUAGUUUAAAAGCUUUUUUGCACUGGUGUAGAAGAAGUUGGGCAAAAUCACAGUGUUUAGAUAAUUAUGUUUACCUAUUACUAGGAAAGGUGAUACAGGAAUACAUACUCAAGGUCAUGGUAUAGGUUUUUCUCCGCCAGGGAUAAAUGCUGACAUGCAAUACUUUAUAUGACUUCAAAGCUGGUCUUUAAGAGAAUGCUUGUAAUAAAAGAUUUAUUGUAAAUGGAUAGAGAAGGAAGUGGUCUGUUUUGAAUUGUUAGUUUUAGUGCGAGAAAGGCAUCUAGGUCAGUCAGUUGAUACUUCAUGAAGUCAUUAUGAUUUAAGGUAAUAGUAUGGUAAUAGCAUUUAGCAAUUUCCAUGUUAUUACGUAAGUAGUCUUGUUCGGUAAGAUGACAUUCUUCGGAUGUAAAUAUAGCUCUACAUGCACAUGGUUUUCCAUAAAAACCGGAGAAUGCUGAAAUCACGUGCAGAGAAUGCUCAAUUAGUCGAAUCUUACCUUUAUAGCAAAAUUGUAUAGUAUAGAUGGGGAUUUGGAAUUGUUUUGACCGAAUUUUAUUGCUGAACUAUGCCUUACAGCUUGGAAUAGAAAUGGGGUCAAAAUGUAUUGAUUGAAACUGGGUGUUAUAUAGGUUGACCUGUAAUGACAGUUUGAUUUCCAACUCGUGCAGAAAGUCGUGUGCUCGUACAUACUUUGUAUUAGACGAAGAAUGCUGAAGUUACGUUCUGGAACAGAUAAUUGCAUGGAAAUUGCUGACUGUUAUUGGGUAUCUACUAUCUUUAUUCGAAAGGUAAAAUUUAGUCUUGUGAACUCUUAUGAACUUUCAGUGCAGUGAAGAUCCUAUGUCAAUUUGCCCUUGAGGUCUUGAAAUAAGUCUAUAGAUGUUGGCAAGUCUGGAUACUAUGUGUUUUACAGAAUUCGCAAAAAGAGCAGUGCAUUAGAAACAUUAAAUUUCAUGUAGAUUUCUUUUCUAAAAUUUAUUUAAUUACUGUGAAAUUUUUAUAAUUCAUGGGGGAGGAAAUUUAGGAGAAAUUGUUGUUGCAUUAUUCCUUAACAAACAGAUAAAAUUCCCAUUUAAUUAUUUCUAUCAUUUUAAAUUCCCAAAGUCAUGUUUGUACAAUAUUAUUGUUGUUUUGUGGAAAUCACAAAGAGCCAGCGGAAGUACAUGACUUUAUGUAUUUACAAUUGAAAUUUGAUAUUUUGAACUCGCUUGUCGUAAAAUUCCGGCCAUCUCCAAGACAUUUUCAAGUCCCAUUAUGAAAACACAUACACAAAAUACUGUUUUAAGGAGAAUUUCAGCUAUCCCAAAGAAAACCACCUUGGAAAUCGAGAUACCGAGUUUCAACUGUAGUUCAAAGCAGUACAUGAAUUCAGAUUGGUGCAGUGUAUCAUUGCUGAUUGUUGAGAAUUUUAACCCUUACCCUGCUAAAGUUCUAUAAUGAACUUGUCCAUCUUCUUACCAAAAAGAUACUGACUGAAUGGCGAACAGUGCAGACCAUGAUCAGAUUGCACGGAUGUGCAGGCUGAUCUUGGUCUGCACUGGUCACAAAGGCAGAAUCACUUGUCACCAGCAGGCUAAGGGUUAAAGCAGUUCAUGAAUUCAGACUGGUGCAGUGUAUCAUUGCUGAUUGUUAUUGAGAAUUUUAAGUAGCACCUAUAAAGUUUGAUGAUGGGGAGUUUGAGAUAUCAUAAGGUACACAUACAAUUUCUGCCAGAUGCUUAAAUUUCUGCAUAGCGAAAUACUACAUGGAUAUACAUUCAUGCACUGAAAUCACAACCCCUCAUUUACAAGGGUUAAUCCAGAAGUAUUGUCAUUGGUGUAUUUAAAAGGUGUAACAAUAAAGAAAACAAUGAAAAAUCAUACACAAGUACUUUGUACACAAGUACUUUAAUUUAUUUGCAAUAAUUUCUGAAAAAUUUAUUGCUUUCUUUAUUGACAUGUACAGAAAACAUGGUAACGGUGAUUGCUACAUGUCAAAGAUGUUAUUGACAUCCGAAAUUGAUAUUUUUAUCACUAAGCAACAAGUGUUAGCACUACACAGAUUUUUACCUGCCAGGGUGCUACAACAGUUUUCACAGUUGACCUCUAGAAAAUGUUACUUCAUACAGUUAUAACUUCAUAUGAUUAAGUGGGGUAUUUUGAUGUCAGUUGGCAAUCAUCUUUAUUUUGGUUGAGUUUUUUUUUCUGGUUAUGAUAGAAACACUAUUUUUACAUGUGGCAAAAUAUUUUUCAGAGAUGGACUUUGAAGUUCUGUGUAAAUAAAAUGAGACAAUAGUAAUAACUUGUUAAAUCAUAAUUGAAUUUGGUACAUCUGGAUAUAAUUUCUGUAGUAAUUUAUACAGUGAAUAAAUGCACUGUGCACGCAGUGACAUUACUUUUGGAUCAACCCUCGUAACUACUUUUUAGCUCACCUGAGCAAUGCUCAGGUGAGUUUUUGUGAUCGCUCAAUGUCCGGCGUCUGUCUGUCGUCUGUCUGUCGUCUGUCAACAUUUAGCUUGUGUAUGCGAUAGAGGCUGUAUUUUUCAACUGAUCUUCAUGAAAUUUGGUCAGACUGAUAACCUUGAUGAAGUCUAGGCCAAGUUCGAAAAUGAGUCAUCUGGGGUCAAAAACUAGGUCACUAGGUCAAAUCAAAGAAAAACCUUGUGUAUACGAUAGAGGCUGUAUUUUUCAAUUAAUCUUCAUGAAUUUUGGUCAGAAUGAUAAUCUUGAUGAAAUCUAGGCCGAGUUUGAAAAUGGGUUAUCUAGGGUCAAAAACUAGGUCACUAGGUCAAAUCAAAGAAAAAUCUUGUGUAUGCGCUAGAGGCUGUAUUUUUCAAUUAAGCUUCAUGAAUUUUGGUCAGAAUGAUUACCUUGAUGAAAUCUAGGCCGAGUUGGAAAAUGGGUCAUCUGGGGUCAAUAACUAGGUCACUAGGUCAAAUCAAAGAAAAACCUUGUGUAUGCGAUAGAGGCUGUAUUUUUCAAUUAAUCUUCAUGAAUUUUGGUCAGAAUGAUAACCUUGAUGAAAUCUAGGCCGAGUUUGAAAAUGGGUCAUCUACGGUCAAAAACUAGGUCACUAGGUCAAAUCAAAGAAAAACCUUGUGUAUGCGAUAGAGGCUGUAUUUUUCAAUUAAUCUUCAUGAAUUUUGGUCAGAAUGAUUGUCUUGAUGAAAUCUAGGUCAAGUUGGAAUAUGGGUAAUCUGGGAUUAAAAACUAGGUCACUAGGUCAAAUCGAAGGAAAAGCUUGUAUAUGCGAUAGAGGCUGUAUUUUUCAAUUGAUCUUCCUGAAAUUAAGUCAAAAUGAUAACCUUAAUGAAAUCUAGGCCGAAUUUGAAAAGGGUCAUCUUGGGUCAGAAAGUAGGUCACUAGGUCAAAUCAAAGAAAAACCUUGUGUAUGCGAUAGAGGCUGUAUUUUUCAAUUGAUCUUCAUGAAAUAUGGUCAGAAUGAUAGCCUUGAUGAAAUCUAGGUCAAGUUCGAAUAUGGGUCAUCUGGGGUCAAAAACUAGGUCACUAGGUCAAAUCAAAGAAAAUACUUACUUAUACUCAAGAUUUUUCCUCCAAUUUUAAUGAUAAUUGGUCAGAAUAUUUUUUCCAUGAAAUCACUAGGUCAAACAUGUUUACUGUGUUUAAUAUGUUGUGUUAUGGUGUGUUUCUCAGGUGAGCGACCUAGGGCCAUCUUGGCCCUCUUGUUUUGGUAUUGGUAUAGCAAGUAACAUGCAAUAUGUGAAAAUAUGAUAGAGAUUUUUUGUAUCAGUGGAAAAUUGAAAUAUCUGUCACCAGUUGAAUGCCAGAUGUAAUAUUUUCACAAGUUGGCUAUAAGUGAAAAUUAAAGAUCUGGUGUUCCUAAUCUUGCAUGUAAAACAAACAAAUUUUCUUUUUAUUUCUUGUUAUUCAAUGGUUUUAAUCAAAUUUUGUGUAUGUUUGAGAAAUAAAUGGGAUAUUUUUUUACUAUGAAAUUACCAGGGCUUUUUUUACAUACAUAUUUUUAAUCUCUGUUUCUUAAGUAUAGGAUGUGAGAGGUCAACAUUUUUACAUAUUGACAUGGAAAUUUCAGUUCGGAUUCUCAGUGUUAUUUGUGAUAGUCACUGUUUGCAGGUUUUUUUGUUAAAAGUUCAGUUUUUCAGUUUUUCUCAAGAAAAAAAAAAUUACAUCAUUAAUUAUAUGUUAAUGAAUGUAGAUGCAUUUGUAAUAAAAAUGUUACUAGAUUUGCACUCGUUAUAUACUCUUCUUUUGCUGAAUGAUAUUGCACUUCUGAAGUUGUGCAUAAUCUCAACUGCAGAACUUGCGCAUGUUUCUCGAUACAGAGUUAAUGACCUAUAUUUUCACUCUAUUUUAGAACUUUUUGAGCAUUUUUAUAUGUUUACGCUUUCUUCUAUCUGCACUUAUAAUUUCAAGAAUCGUUUCUGGAAGCAUCCUUAAAAGUUAAAGCUGAAGAGAUAAUGAGUAGUGACCUCUUACCGGUACAUGUUAUAAAUAUUUUGACGUUUUGUCUCAAAAUUCAUGAUGUAAAUGAAGCGAAUAGUAGGUCACUAAUAAAUGGCUUCUAGGCCUCUUGCAUAAAGGUUAGAGACGGCCAGCAGGGACCUUCAUAGUAACAUUUUAAACAAUCAAAUGCUUAAUCACCCCAGAGUGUUGAUGUAAUUACGAUUCAGAUGUUAAAUUGAACAAUAUGUUGUGAUGCAACAUAAUGAAUUGUAACAAAUUGGUGACAAAUGCUGUAUUUCAAUGUUAAUAAAAUUUAUGCAUAUGAA